UUUCUCUUCUCCAAUGGCGACCCCACCCUGCACUCUCUAGAGGAUCUUCUCAGUGGAAACAUAUGCUGAGACCUCUCCUCUUUCUUCUCCAAAAAAGCUUAAAUAACUUUUCCUCUCCUUUCUUUUCUCUCUUUCAUUUCCUCCUCCGAAACCCUAGCACCUUCCUCAUCAGAUCAUACAGGGUAGCAACAAGAAGAGGAAGAAUAGAAACCUCACUUAUAUAACUAGUCAUCUCACCUUUACCUUUAAUAUAAUUCUUCUAUUUCUCUUCUCUUCAAGCUUCUGUGUGGGUGCUUCUAUUUUUUUUAAUACAAGAUCCACAUGAUAUCCUCCUUUUCUCAAAAACUUUUCUUCCAAGUGAAGUGAAAAGACAAGGAAGAGAUUUGCCUCCAUUUGCAGAUCAAGGUUAAAAGAUAUGGCAACUUUCUCAAAUCACCUGCUUUUCAAGAUAUGAAUAUACUUUUAUCCAUCCACUACUUGGGUUCUUUUGCAGUUUUCUCAUUAUUGCCUUUUCCACAUAUCUUUCUUCUCUUUUCUUUUCUUUUUUCAUCUUCAACUUUGCUACUAUCACAAUCUCUUUGCAGGUUUCUUCAACUUUUUUUCUUUUUCUACUAGAAUAUAUUUGUUUCUUUCCCAAGAACACUACUUUAUACUUUCGAUCAAUCAAAGCUAUGGAAUCUGGGAAUAGUAGUAUGCAAUCCUCAAGUGGUGGUGAUGAAGAGUAUGAUUCACGUUCACAGUCAGCUCCAUCUUUCUUCAACCCUUCAAGCAACAGCUUUGGUUCCUUAUCAAAUCCACACCCUUCACUCUUCUCUCACCACCAUAGCCAACAACCCACUUUCUUUGACCCUUCAUCAGAUUAUCUCCAUGUCCUCUCUCAAUCUCGAUCUCAUCCUAACUCAAACCAACCCACCUCCUUGCUAAAUCUUGACUUAGUUGGUUCUAGCAGUAACCUACGAGGCUCAUCCACAACAAGUCAUUCUAGCUUAGCCGCUCAAGGGCUCGAUCGUGGUUCAUUUCCUGGCUCAACAUCUAUGCAAUCAAGGUUACUCCAUGAUAAUAAUGCUACAAGAUCUUUAGCCCCAUCUGAUCAGAUUGCUGUUGUGAAGAAUCCAAAGAAAAGAACGAGAGCUUCAAGAAGAGCGCCUACUACUGUUCUCACCACAGACACGUCCAAUUUUAGAGCAAUGGUGCAAGAAUUUACUGGAAUCCCGGCACAGCCAUUUUCAGGCUCAUCUUACACUCGGCGGCUCGAUCUUUUUGGGUCAGGCUCGGCUAUUAAGGCAGGGCAUGUUGAACCAAUGGGGCCUCUUUACCCUCUUCGUCCUAUCACUCAGAAGUUUCAACCAAAUCCCUUUGCGUCUUCUUCUUCUUCAGUUGUUGAUGCUGGUACUAGUGCUAACAACAAUGCUAUAACCACCUCCAUUUCAACUGCAAGGAACACUUUCAAUUCGCCUUCUAUGAAUAACUUUCCGCUGCUUUCUGAUUUAGGCCUCAAUAAAGAGACUCAUAAUUUGCUCAACAUGCAUCAAAGUCCAGUUCUCUCAUUCCAGUCUCUCAUACAGCCUCCUCUUAACCCUUCAAAUAUCUCUCUGGCUGGCUUUAAUGGAAAAAGUCAAGCAAGUUUUGGUAUGCCUGGUUUCGAGGAGUUGGCUAUGAGCGGCCAUGGACAAGUUAAUGCAAGCCUUGGGGGACUAUCAAGCCAUGUAGAUUCUGUACAGCCUCACAUGAGGCCUUUCGAUGGGCAUUCAUCACAAAGGGCGACAAGUUGUAAGUUGAACUACUCGGCUUCUUCCUCAGAUUUUCACCAUGACAAGACUUUGGAGAAUGUUUCUUCCCGGGGUGAAGGUACAGUUGAUUCAUGGAUUUGUCCUUCAGAUUAGCCUUAAUACUUGUAUGUAUAAGAAAUUAACAGUACCCAGAAGCCAGAAAUUACUUUUAAAGAGAAUUUUGCUGCA